AGCAUAGCCUUUGUUUGGCUUAUCUCUUGAGGAAGAAAAAAGAGUUUUCUCAGCAAAGUGAGGCAUUGUUUGUUCUCAUCCGAUAGCGGCCGAGUGUUCAGUUUCGAGGGAGCUCGAAUUUGAGAGCGGGGUUCUUCACUUCUUCGGCGCCAUUGAAGCGGGCAAAGGAAGGAUAGCACCGAAGUUUCUUCCCAUUCCCCCACUAAGCAAGAUGAAGACACUACAGAUAUGGUAUUAUAGGUCGACGCCAUUUUCUAGAUGCCCGACAACUGCUUGUUUGAAUUCCUCAGUGAUCUUAGCAUCCCCCAGCUUCAAAUCUAUUUCUACUUCAAGUUUUAUAUUUUGAAAAUAGUGAUUUUUCUACGUACAGACAUAAAAAAAGGGAAUUUUGAUGGUUAGACAGAGCGGCGAUGCUUCGAUUUUACUCCGCAAUUCCUUCCUCAUCUUGUGGUUUUCUAGCAGAAAGAAAGUCGAUUAGAAAGCAUAGAAUCCCUGAUAUAAGAUGUUUCUAUCGGGACAUGGAAAUUUUUGGUUCGAUUACACACGGGAGUUUUUUGAAAUUUUCUUGCACACAUUGUUUGCUUUCAUUUUCAAUGAUCGGUGGAACUGAUUUUAGAAGACUUCGUAAGCCUUAUAUUGUGCAAAGGGGACGCCUUGCUGCACAAUCCAGCUUUUGUUGUGGUUUAGUUGGCCAAGUAGGAACAGGAUUGGUGCUUUUGGAUAGAAUAGAAAAUGAGAAAUUUAGCGUCAAGGAAUCUCAUAAACAGCAGAUACCCGAGGAGCUUGAUAAUGUGCCCUCCUCUAACCUUCAAAGUAGAUUCAAGAUUUCUGAACUUAAGUUACAAUUUUUGGAGGAGAGAGAUGCACAUAUAUUGUCCGAAAGAAUUUUGAGCCUCAGUAAAUCUAACAAGGUCAGAAGUGCACUUGAGUUGUAUCUCUCUAUGGACAUUGCCGGCCUUAGAACCACUGCGCAUGCUUGUAACUCUUUGCUGGCUUGUCUUAUCCGUAACAGGUACAUUGAUGAUGCCAUGGUAGUUUUCGAGAUGAUGAGGAAGAAGGGGUUGCCUACUGGCCAUACUUACAGUUUAGUACUCAAAGCUGUUGCUGAUUCUCAAGGUUACAAACCAGCCAUGGAAAUUUUCAGUUCAUUAGAAGAUGAGGGAGUAUCUAAACAUAUCUUUGAUAUAAUUGUAUACAAUACAAUGAUAUCAAUCUGUGGGAAAGUUAAAAACUGGGUUGAGACAGACAGGAUUUGGAGAAAAUUCAAGCAGAAUAACUUGAAUGGAACAAUGAUCACUUAUUCUUUAUUAAUCAGCACAUUUGUGCAGUGUGGUAUCUCUGAACUAGCUCUUGAAGCUUACCAUGAAAUGAUUACGAAAGGAUUGGUGCCAGAUGAGGACAUUAUGAAGGCGAUUGUUGCUUCGUGCACUAAGGAUGGAAAGUGGGAUUUAGCUUUUAACAUGCUUAGAAAGAUGCUGGAAAGUGGCAUAAAGCCUACUGUAAUAACCUAUAACUCAGUGAUAAAUUGUCUUGGGAAAGCUGGGAAAGAAGCUCUUGCCUUCAAAGUUUAUGAAUUCAUGAAACUUUCAGGGAUGAAAGCUGAUGCUUGUACAUGGAGUGCACUGCUCAAUGGUCUAUAUACGAGUAAGCGAUAUGCCGAUGUGCUCAGACUAUUCGAGAGUUUUAGAGCUUUAUCAGCUUCUACGUCAUAUUGUCAGUUAUACAACAUAGCUUUGAUGUCAUGUCAGAGACUUGGGUUAUGGGAACGUUCGCUGCAGCUCUUAUGGCAGAUGGAAAAUAAUGGAAUGGAGAUUUCGACUAAAUCUUAUAAUUAUGUCAUUCGAGCUUGUGAAACUGCAAGGAAACCUGAUGUUGCAUUACAAGUCUAUCAGCAUAUGAUUGACCAGAAGCAAACCCCUGAUACUUUCACGUACUUAUCACUAAUAAGAGCUUGCAUCUGGGGAUCUUUGUGGACAAAAGUGGAAAAUAUUUUAGAGGUUAUUCCGGUUGAUGCUUCCCUCUAUAAUGCACUUGUACAAGGAUUUUGUUUGCGGGGCAAGAUUCUCCUAGCAAGGCAAAUGUACAGAAAAAUGCGUAGCAUUGGACUCAAGUCAGAUGGGAAAACAAGAGCUAUGAUGCUUCAACAUUUGCCAGUCAUGCGGCAUAUUAGGUGAAUAUUUAGUUUUAUUGUUGUAAAAAAAAAAUCAAAUUAUCAUGAUUUAACAUAAUGUAAAAAUUGCUUUCCUUUAC